AUGGGACGGCUGAACGCGCGCGGCAGGGUCGUGCGCUCGCCGCAGCACACCACAGUGAACUCUGCGACUGCCGCGACAACCGGCGCAGCUAGUGCGAAAACCGGCGCAGCUAGUGCGAAAACCGCCACUGGAGUCGCCGUGAAGGCCGCGGCCGGAGGGUGUUCGGCGUCGUCGAUCGCAGGUUACACGUCCUCCGUCGCACUCUCAGGAUCCGAGCGCGGGCGGCGGCAGCCUUUCCCUCGCCAUGGAGGUUGGCGGCGCGGCGGCCAGCGGGUGGGUGGCGGUGGCGUGGUCGCCGACGCCGUGAUUGGCGGGCUUCCGGGCGGCGCGGUGAAGGCGUACGCCAUAGGCGGGUACAGCGAGGCGGACGUGCGCCCCACCAGCCGCUUCUCCAUCGGCUCCGCCUCCUCCGCCAAUGGCGGCUCGCUCAUCAAGUACGUGACUCGCCGCCGCUGCGAGACUUAA